GCGGACCCACAGUUGACCCGUAUUUGUCUUGGUCGCUCUCCUGUCACUGGUUCAGGCGCAGGUAUCUUCUUCAUCAAUGCUCACGGGCCUCCAGGGGGCUUGAAAUUAUCCACACGAGCCAUCCAACUGCAACCUUCUCUUAAGCAUCCUCAUUCGCCAACGCUGUAUCUUUCUCUCUUCCUACUCUGCUCUCGUGCCACUCGUGCUCUGGGUGAUUGCCCAGGUCAUGCCAACACUCGUGCUAAGAGAGAGAGAGAGAGAGAGCACGAUGGUACUCACGUGCGCAUCUCUGAGCUCUUGAGUAUGUGCAAGGGUGGCCUGAAGAGAGGGUGA